AUGGCCGCUCCCGCCCCCCAAGCCACUGCUACCCCUUCGACCCAGGCCACCGGUCCCAUCUCUGACGCCGACGUGGCCGAGUGGAAAGACAAGUUCAAUAAAGUCUUCGCCGCACCCUCCGAGCACUUCAACUCCAAGUCGCCCGCCACCGCUCAGCCAUGGACACACAACUUCUGGAACUUUGUUAAUCCGCUCGAGACAUGUCUUAUGACUUGGUGCUUGCCGUGUGUCGUGUUUGGCAGGACACAUCACAGGGUGAACAAGAGCGCUAGUCUGAGGGGCUAUGAGCCUAUUAACACUUCGUGCCUUCUAUUCUGCGGUUCAACAGCUGUCUGCAUGCAGUGGCUUCCCAUGGCGAUUCAGAGAGCGGAUUUCCGAGCCAAGUACAACCUUCAGGGUAGCUGCGCGGUGGAUGUUGCCUUGGCGUGCUGCUGCGGGUGCUGUGACAUCGUGCAGAUGGAUAAGGAGGCUGAGCUGAGGGUGUCUGGGGAGCAGAGCCAGAAUGAGAUUCAGGAGCAGUAUAAAGCUGCUGAGGUUAUGGUUGUGCCUGUGGAGCAGAAGGAGUAG